GUCAGUAGCAUUAAAAUAACGACCUUCAAUUUAUUUCAUUUGAUUGCUAAACGUAUCGUGACCGGUGUGAUUAACAUUCAUCGUAGUACUGUUUAUUCAACUUUUGCUUCUUUUUACACCGUUUAUUAACUAUUGCAUUUUACAAUAAUGUCGAACAAAGCUGGAAAGGUAAUUAAAUGUAAAGCUGCUGUAGCGUGGAAGGAGAAACAGCCUCUCUCGUUAGAAGAAGUUGAAGUUGCACCACCAAAAGCUCAUGAAGUAAGAAUUAAAGUUGUAGCUGUAGCUUUGUGCCAUACUGAUGCCUAUACUUUAGAUGGGUUAGAUCCAGAAGGAGUUUUUCCUUGUAUUCUUGGUCAUGAAGGCAGUGGUAUUGUUGAAAGUGUUGGGGAAGAUGUUACCGAAUUUAAAGCUGGUGACCAUGUGAUUCCAUUAUACAUUCCUCAAUGUAAAGAAUGCAAAUUCUGUAAACAUCCAAAUACAAACUUAUGUAGCAAAAUUCGUGUUACACAAGGCAAAGGUGUAAUGCCUGAUGGUACUUCUAGAUUUACUUGCAAGGGACAAACCCUUGCCCAUUUCAUGGGUUGCUCUACUUUUUCUGAAUAUACUGUAGUGGCAGACAUUUCUCUUGCUAAGAUUGAGCCUAUUGCUCCACUUGAUAAAGUAUGUUUGUUGGGAUGUGGAGUAUCUACUGGAUAUGGUGCUGCUGUAAACACUGCUAAGGUAACACCUGGAAGUUCAUGUGCUAUAUGGGGAUUAGGUGCAGUGGGAUUGGCAGUUGCAUUUGGUUGUAAGCAAGCUGGUGCCAAGCGUAUUAUUGGAAUAGAUCUGAAUCCAAGUAAAUUCAAGUUGGCUAAAAAGUUUGGAUGUACUGAAUUUCUUAACCCUAAAGAUUAUAGCAAAUCAAUUCAGGAAGUGUUAAUAGAAUUAACUGAUGGUGGACUAGAUUUUACUUUUGAAUGUGUUGGUAAUGUGAACACUAUGAGAGCUGCAUUGGAAUCUUGUCAUAAGGGUUGGGGCACAUCCAUUAUAGUGGGUGUAGCUGCAGCUGGUCAAGAAAUUAGCACUCGUCCAUUCCAAUUGGUAACGGGACGCGUGUGGAAAGGGACUGCAUUUGGUGGAUGGAAGUCCAAAGAUAGUGUUCCCAAUUUGGUGCAAGAUUACAUGGCAAAAAAAUUAAUUCUUGAUGAAUUUAUUACACAUACUCUUUCGUUCAAUAAGAUUAAUGAGGGAUUCGAUUUGUUGCAUUCAGGCAACUGCUUAAGAAUAGUGCUCAAAUAUUAAAAAAGAUUAAAUCUUUACUAGGUUUUAUAUCAUUUGUAUUUCAGUUAUGGCUUAAAAUAUUUGAUAUUUUGUAAUAUAUACUUUUCAUGAAUAAAGAUAAUAUAUUUCUGCAUAAA